GGAAAGGAAAUAACGUAGGGGUCUCCACAAUGUAGCAGAAGGAGCUGGUGGGCUCUUAGUGCAUCUUCACCUGGUGAAAUAGAUGAAGCACCAUGUCGUCUCAUGGUUCCUUAGUGGCCCUGGGGCUUGGUUCCCAGCCCAGGUGCAGCACCCCCAUGCAAGUGCAAACGACUCCCUUUUCUACUCUGCACUUCCUUCCGCACAAGGGCCAGCCUCUCCCCCCACUCAGCCAGGAAGACUUCUUUGAGAACUUUGAUGGGAGCUUCUAUGACCUGAAUGACAUUUUUGGGGCUGACUCGUUCGAGUGCGACUCCCCGGUGCCCGACGCACAGCUGAUCCAGAGGAUUGUGUCUCAAGUGGAGUUCUACUUGUCUGACGAGAACCUGGCCAAGGAUGCCUUCCUCCUCAAGCACGUUCAGAAGAACAAAUUGGGCUUCGUCAGCAUCAAACUGCUGACCUCUUUCAAGAAGGUGAAAUACCUAACUCGAGACUGGAGGCUCACUCUCUACGCCCUGCAGUUCUCGGAGCUGCUGGAGGUGAACGACGAAGGGACUAAAGUGAGAAGGAAAAUUCCCAUCCCGGAGUCUCUCCUGAGCAUCCCGCCAAGCAAACUGCUCCUGGCCUGGAACCUCCUACCCCAGGAACAGGGAGUGUCGCCACCGCUCCAGAAGAGCUUCAUUGAGACCAUCACUAAAAUGUUCAGCCCCUUUGGUGCCAUCGCCUCCAUCCGCAUCCUGAGGCCGGGCAAGAAGCUGCCUUCCGACGUGAAGAAGUAUUCCUCCCGCUACCCCGAGCUCCUGACCAAGUGCUGCGCCUUGGUGGAGUAUGAAAACCUGGAGAGUGCUAGGAAGGCUUAUGAGGAGCUGAGUCAUGGCCUGGGCUCCCCCGGCAGGGAGAGCAUCAAGGUGGUCCGUCUCUCCGGGAAGGGCUCCAAGAAGAAGAGCGGGGAUGACGUGGAAGAGGUGGAGCUGGUGGACCAGCUGGGCAGGAAGCAGCAGGUGUCGGAGACGCUGGCCUAUGCCGCGGGAAACUCUUUCUUCUGCAGCUCUUCGGAGUCCGACAGCAUGCCGGCUUCCCCUCCCAUCCUGAUGCAGAAGUAUCUCUCCGCUCCAGUGUGGUCCGCCUGCAGCCUGGGCAUGAGCUUCAAACCCGGCUUCUUCAGCAGCCCUCACGCCAGCCCUCUUCUCUCCAAUAAAAGUCUGGCUCACCCCCACUGCCCUUCGCCCCUGGCUGCUGAGCUGGGCAACGGUGGCUCCUCCAGCCCAGACACGAGUCCCGAGUUCCGAAGAUUGUCCGAUUCCUGCUGGGACAGCGGGAUUGGCUCUGGUAGCUCCUGGGUCCAGCGGCGACGGGUGGCUGCCCAUAGUCAGUCUCUGGAAACCAGAGCUCUACCCUGCAGCUCUCUGGCACUAAGAAAGAUGCCAGAUUCCUUUGGCCUUCGACCUGGAGUGAUGCGCCUGCCCCAUGGGCCGGAUGGCACCAAAGGCUUCUACAACAGCAUUGGGAGAGGAAAGCUGGUCCUAAGACACUAG